CAUGUGAUAGGCUCUGACGUGACUCGUAAAACGGAACUUCGAUUUGAAGAUACUGUUACACGAGGACCAAUAGAGUUGUGCUGAGUUGAAAGUGCUCAAACUCAGACAUUCGUGGAACUUUAGUUUCUAUCACAAUGAAAAUUCAUUGGUACAACAAUAACAACUCCCGUCAAUUGAUUGAAAUUUUUGCCAGCCACAGGAUAGGAUAGGAUCUUUCAAGAUAGAAACUGUUCAUAGACUGUUCAUAGCCCUGGGGCCUUAGUCAAGUUGCAAACGAUUAUAAAUGACAAUUCAUAGUGACUGGGAUAAAAAUAUAUGGGAACGACAUGUCACCUCUUGCAUUUUUAACACUGUGACUGUCGAUUAUUAUAAUCGUUUGCAACUUGGCUAACACUCUGUGUUAAACUUAUUAUUUUUGAGUUCCUCCUAACAUUCUCUCUAAUGUCCACUAUUUUACUCGUAUCUCCACAGAUCCUGUUGGUAGUUACAUGUGUGAUAAUAGCAGAAUGUACUCUGCCGUUAAGGCAUCACAUGAUGGGCGCAGGCCUGCACAUGGGCGGAGGAAUGAUGGGCCCUGGCAUUGGCGUCGGGGUUGGGGCGGGCUAUGGACCUUAUAUGACGGGCCCAGGGAUGAUGGGCCCAGGGAUGAUGGGUGGUGGCAUGAUGGCACCUGGCAUGAUGGGUGGAAUGAUGUACCCAGGCUUGAUGGGAUAUAAAGACCAAGAUGAGACACCAGAAACAAUAGAUGAAGCUCUGCACCGUCCCACUGACAAGCUGCCUGACGAGGUCGCCAAUGCCGUGCAGGACUCGAAGCUGAUACAGCUGAUCAAAUCCAGGCCCAAUCCUUAACCUGGAAAUUAUUAAGAACAUGAAACGUGGAAGGCGGUACCCUGUAUAAUACACAUUGUACCAUGUUUCUGGAAAAUAAAUUAUUACGAAUGUUGAAGUAGG